AUGUCCCAGGACCAGGCCAAGGAUGACAACCUGCAAGGAGAUGCCAAUACUCCCCCGACCUACAAGGAACAACUAGACGAAGCAGCCAUAAAGGUCAAAAACCCUCAGAAUUCCGAAAACGAAGGUGGUGUUAUAGGUCAGGUCGUGGAGAAAGUGUCCCAAUAUGUCCCAGCCGUUGGGAAGGUCCUCGGUAAGGACCAGAAAGAGGACCUGGCUUCGCAAGAGCCCAAAGUCCCGGGCCCUCCAGAACGACCACAUCAUGACACCCAGAUUGAGGAGUUCAUCAAGGAUCAACACAGCAGCAAGAAAGACGACGGUUACCUAGCCUAG